AUGACGUUCCGCGAAAGGGUCAAGCGGGUGUUCCGCUCCAGCUCCAAAAACGAUGGAAAGCCCAAAAUCGAAUAUUAUCGCCGCUCCGAGUGUCCCCCGUCGAAGUUCAAGGGACCUUUCGAUCGCACCCAUCAGAAGAAUCUGGCCGCUUGGUCCUUCAGUGGUGCCAUGGUGGAACGAACCCGCUCAUUCGACCUCUCCCUGUCGCCCUGUGCCACGUACGAGGGCUGCGAGGUCUACGCGGGUUGCUCCGGCCCCUCCGACACAGAUGAGUCGGUGUCUCCGGAGGAUGGUGUCGAUGUCGAUCCAGCCCCCUCACGCCCAGAGACUCCCGCUGAAUCAUCGCCACGCGGUGCUGACUCCGGCUCUCAGUCCUCCACCAUCAUCAACUCCUCCAGCUAUAGUGGCUCAGUGAUGACUCUGCUGAAUGAGCCCUCAUUCUACGAAAUUCCAGACGAUUCAAAGGACUCGAAAUUCUACCUCGAGGAAUCAGUUCGCUACACAUCACCCCUCGUCCGUGCCAUGUCGCCCGCCCUCUCCCCGUGCGUCAUGUCCGCCCGAAAGCACCUUCCUUUCGCCCCCGAGGAUCUCGCCCGCGCUUUGAUCGCCGUCCAGGUCUGCGCAUAA